GAUACAGACACAGAUUCCUCACAGUCAGACACAUUUCUGCUGCUGCUGCUGCUUGAGGGUGGGUGGGUGACGAACCCCUUGAGGGUUGAUCAGUGGGAUUCAGUCCCCCCCAAAUAGCUGGAAACUGCCAGAGAGAGAGGGAGGACAGGAGCGGAGAGAGAGGAGGUGAGACGUGUUUGGCACAAUAGAAUACAACUCUUGCUUUCCCUCCUUAGCCAACCUUUUUUGGAUCCCCCCAAAUAAGUCCUUUAACUGCCUCAUCAAGCAGACUCCUGGCUCCCAUACCCAUGGCGACACCUCCAGCAGAUACAGGGCCACCCCCCGAGGGUCAAGCUGCUUCUCCUGAGCCUGCAGCCCCUGUCUCCACAACUACUGUGGUUGUUAUAGAGGAGCCACAGUCACCACAGGAGGCCACUGGAUCAGAGGUUGAGCAUCAUGUGACCAUCCAAUCCAAAUCUCCCUCCCUCACUGACCUGAAGUCUCAGCCGGCUACUAAUGGAGGACCUUGUGCCCCCAGCUUGAGUGGCUCAGAAGGUCGCCUCGCACAGCCAGUCUCUAAUUCACCCAGACCAAGUCUUUGCAGACAAGAAUCUACCGCCACAGCCAGUGCAACCCAGGAAAAGCCCAAAGACUAUCUGUUUAUUGCCAUCCUAUCCUGCUUCUGUCCAAUGUGGCCUGUCAACAUUGUGGGCUUCGCAUAUUCCCUCAUGUCACGUAACAGUCUGCAGCAGGGGGACAUCGAUGGAGCUUUCAGGCUCGGCCGUGUGGCCAAACUCCUGAGCAUUGUGGCUUUAGUUGGAGGAGUUCUGAUCAUCAUCUUAUCCUGUGUCAUCAAUUUUGGAAUUUUGUGAGUUGGUGAAAGUCUCUUCUCCUCUUGGAUGUUUGGGGGGGGCUCAUGAAAUCCAUGGCGUAUCCGAGACACCAGCUAGAGACUAGAGACAUCCUUGGAAGAGAGCGUGCGAGUGUCCAUGACACAUGAGAGAAUCAGUGUUACUUUGUGUACUUUUUUUAAUGUUCAUAUAAAAAUGCAUCGUUCUGACAAUCUGAUAAUAAAGGAGAUUGUCUUUGGUCACAGGGAAGAAGCACAUUAAUGGCCACAUGUAUCUGCAAUAGGGAAUUCUAAUUGAUAACCAUGUCCCAUAGAACAGGCAUUAGCUCAUUGGCUUUUACUCUCUUAUGGUGCAGAGGUGACCCCCGGUGGUCACUGUGUGUAUAGCAGGACUAUGUGUUUGUGUAUUGAGAUGCUCAAUGGUUUUACACUGCAGAACAUCCAUCAAACUAACUUGUCCCCUGUGAGACACUUGCACGGAAAGACUGAAUUUCUUCAAUGUUUCCUUCCCUCAUAAACUCAUUGUUCCCAGUCUCUAUACAGAUCUUGCAGAGCAUGUGAAUCACAUCUCACCCUCAUCGUAGCCCAAAACAAC